UCGGGCUUGAUUUGGGGUUUGCAUUUUUAUCUGUUCCUCUGCUCUUGUCAUUUCUGCUUCAAUUUUGAUUUUUUUUCCUACUUUUCGUGCAGAGGAAGAUUACAGUAAACUCUGAGUAAUUUGCCGAAAUUUAGUAAGCACGAUGUCGUUUAAUUUAGUUCAGGACGGUGAUAGGUCGCCUCGGAUUAUAUUGUCGGAGCCCAAUGGUUCAACUGCCGAGGUGCUUUUGUAUGGUGGGCAGGUAGUUUAUUGGAAGAAUGAAAAAAGACAAGAGAUGCUGUUCAUGAGCUCUAAGGCUACAUGGAAGCCACCUAGAGCCAUCAGGGGAGGGAUACAGAUUUGCUUUCCACAGUUUUCUAAUUUUGGUUCACUGGAGGAACAUGGAUUUGCAACAAGUAGAUUAUGGUCAUUGGAUAGCUCUCCUUCACCUUUACCCUCAGUCAACAAUCAGUCAACUGUUGAUCUUAUAUUAAAAUCUAUAGAAGAGGAUCUGAAGACUUGGCCACAUAGAUUUGAGUUGCGUCUACGUAUUUCUCUGACUGCUGGCAAGCUAAUCUUGAUCCCACGUGUGCGAAAUACUGAUAACAAGCCCUUCUCAUUCACAUUUGCUUUGUGUAAUUAUCUGUCUGUGUCUGAUAUCAGUGAAGUGCGCGUUGAGGGCUUGGAGACACUUGAUUACUUUGAUAAUUUGUUACAAAGAGAAAGGUGCACUGAGCAGGCUGAUGCAAUCACUUUUGACAGGGAGAUUGACCGCAUCUAUUUAAGCACGCCAACAAAGAUAGCCAUAAUAGACCAUGAGAAAAAGAGAACCUUCGUACUCCGCAAAGUAGGCAUGCCUGAUGCAGUUGUAUGGAACCCUUGGGACAAAAAAGCAAAGGCCCUUCCGGACUUAGGUGAUGAAGAUUACAAAACAAUGUUAUGUAUAGAUUCUGCUGCUAUUGAAACCCCAAUAGUCUUGAAACCUUUUGAGGAGUGGACGGGCCGUCAAGAGCUAUCAACUGUCUCCUCAAGUUAUUGCAGUGGACAAUUGGAUCCUCAAAAGGUUCUUCAGGGCUUCAGCUGAUUGACUCAUAACAUUUUGUGUGAUGUUAACUGGAGUUC